GUGCGAAUCUGAUCCCAACCAAUCACGGCUUCUUCCACCACACUUGAUCUUUUUUUAUUCGCAAUCAGCAAAAUGCAGAGGACUUAUGAAGAGGGGGAUAAGUCAGGAUACGCGACGGAACAAUCACUUGUUCGGGCCUAGAAUCCCUCCUCGGUUGGAGAUUCUUACCGUAAGAAGUUUGGUAGGACGUGGCACUUCAUGACAGGCAUGAUUUCUAUAUAUACUUGGGCUCUUUCUGCAAAGAACACGCACGGCAAGAUGAGUCCCAGAGCAGCCCGCAGUUCUUUGAUCUGGUGAUACCACCCCUUCUUUUGGGACAAGUUUGUACAACAGAAACCCAAAAAUGAUGUUGCAACAAGUCGCCGACGCGCUGGCCACGCACUGGCUCUCCGGCAUCCUCGCCAUCGCCACUGUUUAUCUGGCCACGAGCUACAUAAUCGACUACCGUCGCCUCCGCGCAUUCCCCGGCCCGCCCCUUGGUUCCUUUUCGUACCUCUGGCUCGCCUAUAAUGCCUUGCAGGGCCGCCAGGGAUCCAUCUUCUACGAGGUCAUGAAGAGGUACCGCGUGCCGGAGCACUCGUUUGUGCGCAUCGGGCCCAACGACCUGAUGACGGACUCGCCCGAGGUGGUGCGGCACAUGUCGUCGGCGCGCUCCACCUACCUGCGCAGCAGCUGGUACCGCACCUCGAAGCUGGACCCGUCGGGCGACUCGCUGCUCAGCAUCAUGGACACGGCCCACCACGACGCCCUCAAGGCCAAGGCCGGCCGGGGCUACGCGGGCCGGGACAACAGGAACCUCGAGAGCGACAUUGACGACCAGCUGCGGAGGCUGAUCGGCCUGCUCGAGCGCAAGUACCUGAGCGGCGGUGGAGAUGCCUCGUCCUUUAGGCCCGUCGACAUGGCCACCACAAUGCAGUACUUUACUCUCGAUUCCAUCACCAAGCUGGCGUACAGCUCGGCCUUUGGCUUCUUGGAUCUGGACACGGACGUUUACGGGUACAUCAAGGCCAUAAGGGACGCGGCUCCCCCAAUCAUCGUCUGUUCCGAGUGGCCGUUGGCGGGAAGGAUAUUCUUCAGCCCGCCUUUCCUCAAGAUGUUUGGUCCGACACCCAAAGACAAGUCGGGAGUUGGAAAGCUCAUGGGAACUCUAAGACAAGUCGUGGCCUCGCGCUUCGGACCCGACGCCAAAGACCAACCGGAUAUGCUGGGCUCGUUUGUGCGCAACGGCCUGUCUCAGCACCAGUGCGAGCAGGAGGUCAUACUGCAGAUCGUGGCCGGGUCAGACACGACGGCGACGGCGCUGCGGGGCACCCUGCUGCAGCUCUGUUCGACGCCCAUGGUCUACCUCAAGCUGCAGAAGGAGAUCGACGAGGCGGUGCGGUCCGGAAUGGUAGGCGAGGGUGUCAUCUCUCAGGAAACAGCCAGAAAACUGCCUUAUCUCCAGGCCGUCAUCUACGAAGGUUUACGCCUCAACCCGCCCUUCACCGGCGCUUUGAUGAAGGAAGUGCCCCCGGGAGGCGACGAGAUAGACGGCGUCUUCAUCCCCGCCGGCGUGCGCAUCGGCGUCAGCGCCAAGGGCAUCCAGAUGCGGCAGGACGUCUACGGCCACGACGUCGACGUGUUCCGACCCGAGAGGUGGACCGAGUGUGACGAGCAGAGGCGGAUGCGCAUGGCCGCAAACACGGAGCUCGUCUUUGGUUACGGACGGUGGAUGUGCGCCGGCAAGAACGUGGCUUUUAUGGAGCUCAACAAGGUUUACUUUGAGUUGCUCCGACGUUUCGACUUUCAGGUCGUCGAUACCAAGACUCCAGUGAAGGAGGAGAGCUUCAACGUCAUGUUUAGUAAGGAUAUGUUUAUGAAGGUUACCAAGCGCGUGCUCUAGACUGGAUCGAUUUUAAUCAGGGUCCGCAAGAAACUGCAUGGGUCUCCAUUUAUGAACUGAAUGGAUACUUGGCCAAGUGACAAAUGAUCACUCGAUGACCUUUUGGGAACAGGGGCAGAAUUGAUAUCAAGAAUCUGGGGGACUUGUCUUUAUGAUAGCUACAGGUCACUUCCUGUUAUUUUUGGAGACAUAGUCGACAACUCUACUCAAUAUCGAACACCACUCAACUUUCUUCCAAACAA